AUGGUCUCAUUGAAGCCUGGAAGGCUUUUACGAUAUCUCUAUGUGCCGUUUGCUGCGCUGCAAGAAACACGCAUCGCAGAUCGGCACGUCAUUAGCAUCGGAGAAUACACUACCUACUGCGGCGAUGCUGAUGAAAAGAAGAUAGGUGGCUGCGCGAGGAAUGACUACAACAACCUGGUGGUGGAAUUUGGUUCAAUUCAAUUUGGUCGUCUAGAUGCGCCUUUGUACGACUGCAGGAUUGCAGACGACUUUUGCUUCGAUUUCGAUGUCCAGCAGGUGGCCAUCGAAAUCGAAGCAAAACCGAAGAUGGGACUUGACCAACAAUCCGAUGUGCCAAGAAAGGCAUAG